AUGAACGAGGAAGAAGAUCAACAACCAGCAAAGAGGAGAAGGAUCAGGGAAAAGGUGCCCUUCCAGCCGGGGUUUUUGAAAAAAAUAAAGGUUUGGAACUUCACAACUUACUCAUACUCAGAGUUUGUGUUGUCCCCCACCCUCAAUAUGAUUAUAGGUCCGAACGGGAGUGGUAAAUCGACUUUGGUUGCAGCUAUAUGCAUUGGGCUUGCAGGGAAGAUUGACUUAAUCAAGCGCAAAAAUUUAAAAUCGAUGAUUAAAACGGGUCAUGAUAGAGCUGUUGUAGAAAUCACAGUAGAGAAUGUUGCUGGCAAACCACCCAUUGUGAUUAAAAGAGACUUUUCCGCAAAAGAUUCGGUGUGGACUGUCAAUAAUAAGAAAAGCACUGAAAAUGCAGUGAAGGAGUUGAGACGCAAAUUCAAUAUUCAACUAGACAACCUUUGUCAUUUCUUGCCGCAAGAGAGGGUCGCGGAAUUUGCCGCCAUGUCCCCCGAGAAAUUAUUGAUGGAGACAGAAAGAACUUUGAAGGAUGGACAAUUACUAGCGUUACACGAGGACUUGAUAGACAAGGACACAACAAGUCAGCAAUAUCAGAAACAGAUAGACGCUUUAAACCAAAGAUUGGAACAAUUAAUCUCCCAGAGAUCUCAAUUAGAAGAGGAGGUUCAAAAAUUGCAAGAGUACGACAAUAAGGCUAAAGAAAUUGAAAAUCACCGUGCUUUGUUGCCUUACGCAAAGUACAAUGACUUGAAGAAACAACGAGCAGAAUUGAGGGAAAAUCUAGAGCAAGCGAAAGCUAGGUAUAGCUCCUUUGAUAAGAACUUUGACCCAUUGAGGGGUGAUGUUUCUCUUCUUGAAGAUGAAAUAGAACUUGAGAAACGGGAACUCCAGGAAAUUACAAAAGAACGAGAGGGUGUGUUGAUUGAAAUUGGCCGAUACAAGCACGGUGUAACUAAAGUCCAAGAUAGUAUUUCCGACCUGUCGGCCGCUUUAAAAAGCUAUAGAGCCAAAUCAGAACUGAAGAAACGGGAAUUGGAGGAAGUGAGAAAAGAGUUGGCAAACUUGACCAAUCAACUUGAGAACUUUGAAAAGGUGGAUAAAGAACAACUACAAAUAUUAAAUAACAAAUAUGCUGAGGCAAGAGCCAAAUUGCGUGAAACGGAAGAAAAACUUCGGGAUGAAAACAACCAGACAGGAGAUUUACGAUCAGACUUGAAUACUUUAGCACGCAAUGUGCAACGUGAAGAAUCAAAAUUACAAGGCAAUGAUAAACUAGAGUUGUUAUUAUCGGCAGCUCAAGGAAAAAGCUACCGUCUUCGUGAUGAGUCUUUUAAAGCGCAUCGAAAACUUCGGGCUACUACUGACCUUAACUUGACAUACUUUGAGGCCCCUAUUAUAUCUUGUAAUGUUUCUGACAAAUCGAUUGCACCAGCAAUGGAAAAAAUCAUAGAUAACAACACUUUAUUCGCAUUAACAACUACCACUCGGGAAGGGUAUGAUAAGCUAGGCAAGUUUUCUAAAGAAACAAGGUUAAAUAUUCCACUUAGAAUGGUUGAAAAUAAUGAAUUGCCGCGACCACGCUAUUCAAAGGAAGAACUUAGGUCAUUUGGAUUUGAUGGCUAUUUGUCAGACUUCAUAGUUGGUCCAAAAGAGGUACUAAGCAUGCUUUACAGUACCUCUAAAAUAAAUACUAUACCGGUAACGAAGAACCAAUUGAGUCCGCAGCAGGUUGAUAAGUUGACAAAGUCGUCGGAUGUCCCUUUCAAAAAAUUUGUUGCAGGUGACACGUUGUUCAACAUCCGUACCUCGAAAUAUGGUUCUAAACAAGUAUACUAUGAGUCUGAAAAGUUUGGAAAAUCACAGUUCUUUUCCGUAUCUGGUAUCUCAGAGCAAGAUAAACAAAGAAUAAACAGUAAUAUACAAAGAUUCAACCAAGAAAUUUCAGAAAAGAGGCAAGUAUAUCAGAACCACAAAGCUGAGAUUGAGCAGUACACUUCUGACAUUCGUUCUAUUAGAUAUGAGAUGUCUGAAAUUAAGAAUGAGCAGCAGAAAAUUCAACUGAUGACGACAGAGUUAACAAGCUUAGAGACAAAGAUUAGCUCGAAGAAAGAAAAAGAGAAGAAGUUAGAAGAGGACUCCAACAAAGAUUACUCGCGUAGAGUUAAACACUACGAACACAAAAUUGCAGAAUUGUACGGCGAGUUGGCUCAAAAGUCGAUGGAAUUAAGUCAGCUUCAAACCAAACUUUCUGAUACCCAGAUCAAAUGUAAAUUCCAGGAACUUGCUUUGACGACGUUGAGAAAUAAAUUGGCAUCUGCCCAUUCCUUGAUGGAAUCCCUUAAACUGAUAAAGGACGAGCUAGCAAAUGAUGUCAGAAAAUACAAGAGGGACUACGAUCAAAUCAAAGAUUCCCCGGAGUAUAAAGAGUAUAAAGAGAAACAACUGUCGUUGACUGAAGAAGAAAGAGCCCAUAUUGCUGAAUUUGCCAAAGUUUAUCUAGAGAAUGACACGUUUACGGAGCACACCAUACGAAGCAAAAUCAGUCACUUGGAAGAGGAUUUGUCAGUUAUGUCAGUUGGUGACAAGGGAUCUAUUACUUCGUUGCGGGCGAAGGUGCAGGACAUUGAACGUGCAGAAACUGAUUUACCCAGACUUGAAGCUGAAAAGCGCGCUUUGGACGAACGUAUCAGAACUAUAUCAACUGAGUGGGACCGUGACUUGACAAGGUUUGUGGAACAGAUUUCUGUGGCUUUUAGUAGACGGUUUUCUAAAGUUGCCAGUGAAGGGCGAGUAGAGUUGGCAAAAGCUGAUAGAUUUAAAGAUUGGAAAUUGCAGAUUAUGGUGAAAUUUAGACAUGAAUCGGAGUUGAAAGUGUUGGAUAAUCAAUCACAGUCUGGUGGGGAGCGAGCUGUCUCUACGAUAUUCUAUAUUAUGUCCUUGCAAGGGCUUACUCAUGCCCCCUUUAGGAUUGUUGAUGAGAUCAAUCAAGGUAUGGAUCCUAAAAAUGAGCAAAUGGCCCAUAGAUAUCUCGUUCACACUGCGUGCCAGAAUAACAAGUCUCAAUACUUUCUAGUUACACCAAAAUUAUUGACCGGUUUGUAUUACCACCCUGAUAUGGUUGUCCACUGUAUCUUUACUGGUCCAAUGAUUGAGGAGAACGAUGAUCGACGUGAUACUGGGUUUUUGGAUUACGUCAAUAGGAUGGUUCCUGUUUAA